AUGACGGUGGGAGCCGGGCUCCGAAGCAAGGCGGCGAGCAGUCUCCCGCGCUGCAGGGCCCUCGCCCGGGGGCGAAGGCGGACGGAGGGGGACGAGGAGGCGGCUGCUAUUCUGGAGCAUCUGGAGAGCGGGGCCGAGGCGGCGGAGAGCGGGGCGAGCGAGCAGCGCCCGGGGACCCGGGGCGCGCGGAGGGUGCACCUCGCGGUCCUCCCCGAGCGCUACGAGCCGCUGGAGGAGCCGGCGCCGGGCGAGAAGCCUAAGAAGAGGUACCGGCAGAAGCUGAAGAGGUACGGCAAGAACGUUGGGAAGGUUAUCACCAAAGGAUGCCGCUACAUUGUGGUUGGCCUGCAGGGAUUCGCUGCUGCCUACUCCGCCCCGUUCGGAGUGGCCACCAGUGUGGUGUCGUUUGUCCGCUAG